GUGCAUCCGCAGCAGGCCGGAGAGGCGGAGCUGCUGUGGCGUCGCAGGAAGAAGCGGAACCAACGACCCGGGUUCGGUCCGAACCGUCCGGUUUCGUCUUCUGGAAUCCGUCCGCGCGCCUUUGAUGUGCGAUGCUCUCGCGGAUGAAGCGUCGUUUCCACGCGCACGGGGAGAUCAGAUGAAUCCGAGGGAGGAGGCCUGGUAUCUUCAUCAUCCAUCUGACCCAGAACCGGUCCGUGUAGACGUCAGGUUCGGUUUCAGCUGAACCAGUAGCACCUCGGUCACAGGGAAGCUGUCGGUCCGGGCCCAGAUUCUGGUUCUGGAGCUCAGGUGACAGAACAUCCGGAUCAGAGCAGAGGAUUGGUAGAACCUGCUGCAGUCCGGAGCCAAAGAUCUGAGGUGGUUCUGCUGGUGGUUCUGAAGCGAAGGUCCAGAAGGUCCGACCUGUAACCUGCAUGUAGCUGCCGGACUUGUCCCUGUGACUGAACCUGAACUUCACUGAUGCACUGCUUCUGAGACCCAGAAGAACCCGGUCCAGUUCUCAAUCAAACAGCUGACAUGAUGGUUCCGGCUCCGCUGCUGCUCCUGGGCCUGCUCUGCUCCGGGUUCGUGGGCCGGGGCGACGGCGCCUGUGCGGAGGUGGACUCGGACACGGAGGCGGUGGCGGGCCGAGGGUUCAAGCUCGGCUGCAUCUCGUGCAAACGGAGGAGCGAGGUGGAGGGAGCCGCCACCGUGGAGUGGUACUUCAGGCCCAAAGGAGAGUCCGACUUCCUGCAGAUCUACUCGUACGACGAGAACGGCGCCACCAUCGAGAACGAGCUCUUCAUGGACCGGAUCGACUGGAACGGCAGCAAACGGAGCAACGACAUCCAGGACGCCUCCAUCUACCUGCUGAACGUCACCUUCAACGACUCGGGCACCUACCGCUGCUUCUUCUACCGCGUCCUGUUCUACGACAACUACGAGUACAAAGACGUCAUCGACAAGGUGGUCCACCUCACCGUGGUGGCUAAAGCCACCAGAGGAACAGCCUCCAUCGUGUCAGAGGUCAUGAUGUACGUGUCCAUCAUCGGCCUGCAGGUGUGGCUCCUCAUCGAGAUGAUCUACUGCUACAGGAAGAUCGCUGCAGCCGGGGAGGAGGCGCUGCGGGAGGCCGCAAACGCUGAAUACUUGGCCAUCGCCUCGGAGAGUAAAGACAACUGUGCAGGUGUGCAGGUGGGAGAAUAGCACAGGCUCUUCAGAACCGUCUCCGUCCUCAGGCUCUUCAGAACCGUCUCUGUCCUCAGGCUCUUCCUUGGACUGAAAACCUCC